GAGCUCCUUGAUCAGUGAUUCAAAAGUUUAUUUCCCCUUCCUCCCUUGGAGAUGAUGAAAAAGGAAGGCGAGACAGCAAAGGAUGCUCUGCUUAUACAAUCACUCUACGUGAGGUCCUUGGAAGCCCUUGGCAAGCUAACGGAGACUUUGCUGGAGGGAGAACCAACCGCAGACUGGUUCCAGGAAAUGUUUGAACUCCUAGUGACAUGGUUCAGUUCAGGGAAGGAGUGGGAGAGAGAAAGGGCCUUGCAGGCCACCACCCAGCUGCUGACUGCCUAUCAAGAGACAGUUCAUAGCACAACUCAGGAAACUUUUAAUCAGUUUGGAUCUCUGAUUGGACAAAUAGCACCAUACAGCUGUGAUUCACUGGCCACGUCCCGUCAGUGGGUGGUUGACUGUACCAGCUGCCUUCUCAGUAUGCAAGGCCAGCCCAUGAACCUCGGGUCAGUGGAGGAGGAGCUGAGCUGUCUCCGUGAAGAACUAACAACAGCUCCAGACCCUGAGGCUCUGUUUCAGGCAUCUUCCAAAAUGGCCAGGAUUGUUAGUGAGUACUUCCCUUCCGAACAGGCUGCAGACUUUAUUGAGGCCACAAUGGAUAGUAUGCUGUCUGCUAACCCCACCUGUGCCACGGCAGCUGGGCUAUGGAUGAAGAUCAUCCUAAAGGAGUGUGGAGAUGCCAUGCUGGACCAGGUGCCAGCUAUUCUGAAUAUAAUAUAUAGCCACAUGCUUAGUAUCAAGGAGGCCAGCUUGAGGCAGUUCCUUCUGGAGGCAGUGUCCAUUGUAGCUCAUCAUCAUCUAGAGGCAGUGAUCUCCAGCCUCCUCAGAAAACGUCUGCCGAUGAACCGUGACACCACUGAACUGUGGAGAUCUCUGGGGGAAGACCCCUUGCUUGCCACUCAAGUCCUACAGGUCCUAAUAGAAAAAAUAAAGACUUCAACAAGCCAAGAAGGAAGCGUCACCUCAGAGACUGAAACUGACAGGCAUUUGGCAGCUGCUGAACCUCUCUCAGCAACAUGUGCCAUCUUUCAGGUGGUGUCAGCACUGCAGUCAAGCAAAGCCGUGCAGGAGCUGCUCCCAGAGUUGUUUCCUGUUCUCCUGCAGCAGGUCAGCCAAACCUUAGGCCAAAAGAUGCCUUUUCCAGUGAUCAGCAGCCCGAGCCUAGGCCAAAGAGACCGACAACAUACUGAAGGCAACCCUUGCCGGUUUUCUGUCCAAGCAUUAGAAUCUGUGCUUUUCAAAGUUGGGAAUGCGAGACUGAUGAGAGAACUCAGGGAGCAGAGAACGUGGAUUCUGCUUGAAAACCCCCAGACUCACCAUGAGGGAGUGUGUCUGCUGGUGAGUGUUCUGCUAAUAUCUGAACUAGUAACACCUGAGAUCAUCCAGAACCUCCUCCCCUGGGUGAAUUCCCCGACAGAAAACUACCGAAUCACGGGCACAGCUUUCCUUGCCCAGCUAAUGAGUGAUCCCAUGCUCAGGGAGAAGAAGUUCCUUAAGAGUGUCUUACACAUCUUGGAAGAAAGGUCACAGGAUAGGAACAGCAUUGUCCGUCAGAUGGCUGUAAGAGGCCUGGGAAAUAUAGUCGAUGGGGCGCCUGAGAAGGUGAAAAAGCACAAGAAGUUUCUUCUGGACAUACUGAUCGGGGCCUUACAUGACAUUUUCAGUUCUGAAGUCAUUGGCGAGAGCAUGAAAGCACUGGCCAAAGUCCUGAAGGAGCUGAAAGAGAAGGACAUCAGUUCUUCCUUCAGAGAUCUCACCCAACAGAUCCGGACCUGCUUUGACGAUCUGGAAGACGAUCAUGGCUUGGGGGAGUCACCAGCGGACAAGGUGAAUGGGAAAGACGUCACUCAGGGUUACAUCUUGUUUGCCUUUGACCUGUCUCCCGACCAGGAAUGCGCUGAUCACUGUUCCCUGAUUAAAACUGGGAACCCGAGAGCAGAAAUAGGUUUGGGGAUGGCUUUAACCAUCACCAUCACUAUGAUCGUGUAUGGGGUUUUUGACAACGUCGUAGAGACAAAUCAGAGAAGAAAUGUUCUGCUUGGCUAUAUGUGA